AUGGCUUCCGGAGAAUCUGACACGAUAGUUCUCUGCUCUUCCCGGACCCUUGUUUCCGGUCGUCUUAUCCCAUCUACCAUCACAAUUUCUCGUAGUUCUGGAAAGAUCACUUCCGUGCAUCACUCCAUUCUACCCCAAUCUACAUUCCCCCGGGGAACUUCUUAUACAGACUUUUCCCCUGACAUUCUUCUCCCAGGCCUUGUGGAUGCCCAUGUACAUCUCAAUGAGCCAGGACGCACAGAAUGGGAGGGGUUUCAUACAGGCACUCAAGCCGCUGCGUUUGGUGGGGUUACAACCGUGAUUGAUAUGCCGCUAAACAGUAUUCCGCCCACAACGAGUGUGGAUGGGUUAGAAAAAAAGAUUGCCGCAGCGGAUGGCCAGGUUUGGGUUGACGUAGGGUUUUAUGGUGGCGUUGUGCCGGACAAUGUUGGUAGAGGGGAGUUGCAACAGCUGGUUAGAAGAGGGGUCAGGGGGUUCAAAGGGUUCCUAAUUGAUAGUGGGGUCGAUGAAUUUCCUGCCAUCACGGCGGACGAAAUCAAGCAGGCAAUGCAGGAACUGGCGGAUGAGCCUACAACGCUGAUGUUCCAUGCAGAAAUGCUCCCACCUACUCAAGAGGGAGCCAGUGAAUUUCCUAUACCAAAGGAGCCCCCAACAUCGUAUUCAACAUUCCUGCACUCCCGUCCUCCAGUAUUCGAAACAUGCGCUAUUGAACAGAUCCUUAGCCAUGCCCACCUUGCUCCGAAUCUACCUCUUCAUAUCGUCCAUCUCUCUGCUGCCCAGGCGAUUCCCCUAAUUCGCGAAGCCAGACAAAAAGGCACCAAUAUCACGGCAGAAACAUGCUUCCACUACCUGUCCAUGGCGGCAGAAGAAAUUCCUGAUGGCGACACAAGGCAUAAAUGCUGCCCACCCAUCCGUGACCAGGCUAACCAGGAAAAGCUGUGGGCAGAAUUACUCAAUGAUCAGGGCGUCGACGGGGUCAUUAAGACACUCGUAUCUGACCAUUCACCAUGUACACCUAAUCUGAAAUUGCUGCCCAGCCACAUACCCUGCACCGGACCAACAGGCCAACAGAGCAAAGGAGAGAAAACGGGGGACUUUCUCGCUGCCUGGGGAGGAAUAUCUUCCGUCGGCCUUGGUCUCCCUAUCCUCUGGACGGAACUCAAACGCCGCUACCCAGAUACAUCAGCAGCUCCAUCUGGCCGGCCACUCCUUGAGAGCAUCGUACAGUGGUGUUGUAUUAACACGGCCGCACAGGUAGGAUUGCACGGUAGAAAAGGUGAUUUAGCGGUGGGAUAUGACGCCGAUGUUUGCGUAUUCGACGACGAAGCGGAAUGGACUCUUGAGCCCGAUACGAUGUUAUUUCGGAACAAGUGUUCACCGUAUCAGGGGAAGGUGUUCAAAGGGAUGGUAAAAGAGACCUGGUUAAGGGGCCAACGGAUUUUCUCCAGAAAAGAAGGAUUUGAAAAUACCACCCCACAAGGCAAAUUGUUGUUGGAACCGAGGUCAAGCUAG